GCCUUUGAGCACUGGGGAGAAGGGAGAGGGGAUUCUUACAUGCUUUAGGAACUGUAAACAAAUCCCCAGAGGCUCCAAUGGUACAGUCUGCCUGUAUACUCAGUGGGUGGGGAGGGGAGGCUGGGACCAAGGAAAGCAGCCACCUCUGCAGGGUGGGUGGUUACUCCCGCACUCCCCUUUGCCAAAUCCUGGGUCUGCCUGUGGACACUCAUUUGAGUUUAGGCCAGGAGAAAGAAUAAUGGUAAUCAAGAACGUUGCUUCAGACUUUCUAUUAGGGCUGGUGAUCUUUGUUUUCUUGUUUUGGAAAUGGUGAGUACUGUGCUAAGGUACAGAGCCAUCCUUCUGUAAUUAUAUUUUCAGCAUCAAAUGCAUAUAAACCAUUGGCUUUCAUUCUGGGGUCUCCCAAAUCAAGGGACUCCCAAGUGGGUUCCAGCUCUAAUAAGUGUGAUGAUUGCAUUUCUGUGGGGCUAAUCAGAAAAGGGUAGAGUUGCGAGCCCAGAACGGGGUGAAAACAGCUCUCUUAGAUGUAAGUAAGGCUAUCUGAGUGCCUGGAUUUUUCACUUAAGACCCAGCUAGUUAUCUAAGAUGUUGCUUGUAACUGGAUGAGUUGCAAAAUUUCCCCACGGACAUCCUUUAUGAGGAUUGGAGUUGCUAGCAAUUACAGUAUUGCACAAGGGACAGAGUAAGAAGCUCUCUGCCCCAUGGCAGAGGCACUUAGGGCCUGAAUGAAAUAGGCUUACCAGUAUUGGGUUAGCACCUUAGUUGUAAAGUCUCCCCAUUGACUGUAAUAUGCUACCCAGAAUUAUUUCAAAGUAUCCCAUUGUUACUGGGAGUAAGAAGUGUGUCAAAGGCUAGAUAUUUGCUAUUCACUAUUUUUAUUCAUUGGCAUACAUAGGCUUUAUAUAUGUGGGAGAAAAUAUUGAAACAGCACCCGUUUAUGCCAGGCCUUCUGUCGGUAUGACUGUCCUCCACUGGGGAGGGGGGGAUGAAAUUGCAGGCUGUGCUUCAGCUGUUUGGUAGCCCACUGCAAAUGGUGACCUCUUCCCCCAUCCUUGCACUUCCUUCCCAUCUUUCUUCCUCAGGGGGGUUCCAGUGACUUAGGCUUUCAUUUUGUGGUUUAGGAGUAUACCAAGCCUUAGGUUGCAGUCGCAUACUAUAUACUGGUAGAAGAAAAGGCUUUAUCCCCUAGACUUCUGCCUGCUAAUACAGGGGAGCCUGACACUUCCUUCUAUCUUCUGUUAGGAUGCUUCUGGAUGACAUGGAGGGUUACUCUUAUCAUCAAUCCACCAGCCCAAUGUGGGGAAGAACAGAGAGCAGCGCAUCACUUCAUGGCAAUGUGACCACCAAGAAGUGGGAUAAUAUCCAUGGUCUGCUUGCUGGCUGUCACUUACAGCAAGGAUUAUUUGCCACAAUGGGUGGUCUCAGCUCUAGCUUGCCGAAUGUGGAGAUGGAAACAGAGUCCCGUGAGCCCAACGAGCAGCUGCCUGUCAUCCCCAUGGGUUUGGAUGAUGUGCAUGAUGCUAACGAAUCGGGCAAGCAGUCAGAUUCAAUAUUGCCCCAGGAACUGCCUGAACUGCCCUUUGUUUGUGAGCACCAUGUGACCAGUACUACUGCAUGGAUAUGCUGGACAGGUCCAUUCGAUAGCCACCAGGUCAGGUUUUACCAGCUGCUGAUCCAUGAAGCAGAAGUAAAGAGCACAGGUGUGGUCAGCAAGAUGCCCAAAACAUGUGGCUUCUCACAAGUAGCAGGAAACUCAAUUGAAUUGAGGAACCUAACAGCCAACAUGGAGUAUGUCUUCAGAGUCCGUGCAGUGAAUAUAGCUGGACCAGGGCACUGGUGCAGACCAUACAAGUUUGCAACUCUGGCUGCGGCUGGGAAAAGAUCAAAACCAGGCCCUGUCACUAUUAUAGUCCGACGGAAAAGAGGUUCACAAAAGAAUGUAGCUUAUUUUGAUGGAAAUGGAAAAGAUACUGUAGAUGGCAUCAAAUCUUACUAAAGGUGUUGUCAAGCCACUGCA